AUGGAGACUGGGGGCAACCCAACCCCCCAUUCACCACUCAGCGAUGCACCGAGUCAAAAUACAGAGCCUCGAGUGGUGCCACUUGCACAGAAUACCUCCAUUCCAGCACCAGAAGCAAUUCCCACCCCUACUCCUCCACAAGUACGUGAGAUGCAGGUUGAGAUUGAGCGACUUAGAGCUCAACUCAGGGCCAAAGAAGCCUCCCUGAUUAAUGCUCCUGGAUCUUCCAGAGGACCCGUAACAAAUAAUCAGGAGAGAGUUGCAGCCCAUGGCUCGGUUAAUGAACCACCCAAUGGGAUGUCAGCACCUGUUGGAUUAAUCGCUUCGAGUCUCUCAGCCAAUCUGCUCGAACCUUCCCCAGGACACGGAGUUGUCACUUCAACCGGAGUAGGAGGACCUCUAUCCAGAAUCGUGUAG